GCCGGAAGUCGCGUUCCCUCUUCUUUCCAGCUUGUUGCCGUUGGAGGUGGAUGGAGUCGAAACACUGAAGCUGAGGUAAACUGAUUGAAGAUUGAAACAAAACUGUCGUUUUCAGUGUCAGUCAUACUGUCUUUCAGCUGAGCAUGUUUCUUUCUGACGGCGGAGAGGCAGCGUUUUUCAUGAUGGCGGUGGCCGCGGCACAGGCGUUCCGAUGAUGGCUAAACUGAAAAGUUAGGUAGCAAACUUUGAGCGAGGAGUCUUAUCCCUGUUAUCACUAUAGAAACUAACGCCGCCAUGGCUCGCACCGCUUCACUUUCGAUAUGGGCAUUCGCUUUGAGUUUAUACUUCGGCGUGACCAUGUGUCAUUUUAGUAUACCAUUAAGAAUAUACACGGGGAAGUACAAUAUAUCAUCGGCUCUGGACUUGGCUCCUCUUCGGCAAGUCGCGUUGACGUCUGAUGGAAACGGCCUCUCCUUGGCCUCGGAUCCCACUGGGACGGUGAACUUUCUGGACAUGGUCAAUAACUUGCAAGGGGACUCCGGCAGAGGCUACUACAUAGAAAUGUCAAUUGGGACUCCUGCUCAAAAGCUCAACAUCCUGGUGGAUACAGGCAGCAGUAACUUUGCCGUGGCUGCGGCUGCUCACCCAUUCAUUACUCACUACUUCAACACUGCACUCUCCAGUACCUACCAGUCAACUGGACGAAAUGUGGCAGUCCGGUACACCCAGGGCAACUGGGAAGGUGAACUGGGCCUUGAUCGUGUCUCUAUCCCCAAAGGCCCAAACGGGACCAUCAUUGUCAACAUAGCUGCCAUCCUGUCAUCCGAAGGCUUCUUUCUUCCUGGAGUCAACUGGCAGGGCAUCCUGGGACUGGCCUAUCCCAUGCUGGCACGGCCUGACUCGUCCUUGGAGCCCUUCUUCAACUCUGUUGUGCAACAGCUGGGAAUUCCUGACAUCUUUUCCCUCCAGAUGUGUGGUGCUGGACUGUCAGCCAGCAGCACAGCUGACCCAGCGGGUGGCAGUCUUGUCAUGGGAGGGGCUGAACCAACUCUGUAUCGGGGGUCAGUGUGGUACACCCCUAUAGUAGAGGAGUGGUACUACCAAGUGGAGGUUUUGAAGCUGGAGGUUGGCGACCAGAAUCUUGACCUGGACUGCAGAGAGUACAACAUGGAUAAAGCUAUAGUUGACAGUGGAACGACACUGCUGCGUCUUCCUGUCAACGUCUUCAAUGCAGUGGUAGAAGCCAUCACACGCAGUUCUCUGAUCCAGGAUUUUUCUUCAGGGUUCUGGGACGGCACCAAGCUUGCUUGCUGGAUGAAAGGAGAGACACCCUGGAGGUUUUUCCCCAAGCUGUCCAUCUACCUAAGGGCCACGAAUUCUAGCCAGUCCUUCCGCAUCACCAUCCUGCCUCAGUUGUACAUCCAGCCAAUCACAGAUGUGGACGGCACGUUAGACUGCUUCCGUUUCGGAGUGUCAUCAUCAGCCAACGGCCUUGUGAUUGGCGCUACUGUUAUGGAAGGUUUCUAUGUGGUGUUCGAUCGUGCCCAGCGGAGACUGGGCUUCGCACUCAGCAGCUGUGCAGUGAAUGGUGGGGCAGCUCUGUCCGAGAUCGCAGGGCCCUUCUCAGCAGCAGACGUGGCAGCCAACUGCUCCGGCGGGGCCCCGAAGGAGCCUCUCCUCUGGGUGAUCUCGUACGCCCUGAUGGCGGUCUGCGCCUUGAUCCUCAUCAUACUGUUGCUCCUGCUUGUCCUGCCCUGCCGACGCAGAGACCGCUUCGGGGAGAUAACCGACGAGUCCUCGCUGGUGCGCCACCGCAUCAAGUGACUGAGAGGCAAGGGACGGGCGCACAGGGUGAACGGGCAGGGAGACAGGGAGCGCAGCCCAUGCACGGCGCUGGAGAAAGGGGUGAGGCCCGGCCUGCACCUGAAAGUGACACUCGGCUCUGAAUGUCUGACUGACUCUAAACUGCACACAGCAGUUUGCCCGACAGAGGUGGACACAGACAGAUCAACUGCCUCCUGAAGGGAAAAUCCACCCUAAAGCAGUUCUAUAAAAACAUCUGUUGGUGAUUAUUUAUGGUUCUAAUAUCUUGUUUUGUGGUGUAUCUUUCUUAUUCUCACUGAUGAUUGGUCAUAUGUAGACACUCUGACACAGACAUAAACAUCCAGGAUAGAAGAAGAACAGUAGGUGCAAUUUUCUCCAUCAGCUUUGAAAGUUCAGGCAUGUUCUCUUGCCUCUCAUUCUCUGAGCUGUCCAAAGGUUUUCUGGGGAAUGUAGGACAUCCUUAACACAAACAGAAACACUUAAUAAUUUCUGAUACACACUAAACAUCUCACCAGCAACAAUGUACAGCGACAUGAAAAUAGCCAAGGGUGGCGUUUGUGCCUUACAGACAAUCACAGGGCAGAGCGUGCUGAAAAACCACUGGUGCACUCUUGAACAAAUUAAACGUUUAUGAUUUCAUUUUCAGACAAACUGUAUUAUUAAUAUCUGAAGGCAUACAGCCUCCUGAAAUUAGCCUUUACAGUUGAAAAUCUGCUGAUUACAGAUGUGAAGGAAUGUUUCUAGUGCCUUCUUACACUUUGAAGUUAACCUCCAGUCUUCCAUGGAGUGAAUAUAUUUAUAUAUAUAUUUGUGCCUUUCUGUGGUGAACUUAAGAGGAAAAGCUGCUCAAACAAUCACUGUUAAUAGGAUGAAUAUUACUCGAAGAUACACAUGUUUACAGUGCCUUUAAGUCUCAGCUCACUGCCGACUCAAAUAGAGUAUCAACAGUUUGAGACUCACUCUGCUGAAUUGCACUUUGUUCCGGUCAAUCAAAAGUGUAAUGUAAAUCUGAAGAUCAAUAUUUUCUCAAUCUUUUAUUCAAUUUGUUGUAUUAAUGUAGUUUUACUAAUUCUGUAUAAGACGUCCAACUUUAUAUUGAAAUCUGAUUGAAUGUGAUUUAAGUAUUAUUCCAAAUCUUUGCUUUUUAAACACUAUAUGUUCGAUGGUACAAAUGCAUGUUGCACCUUUUGUACAAACACUAAAUUAGAAGCCAAAGGAGUUUUGAAACAUAGGAAACACUCUGGGUACCUGUGGACUACAGUGAGUUAUGUAACAAAGCCAACUGACCUGUUAGAAAUGAAGACGUGGUCUCUUUACACUAGUGACAGCUUCUUAUGUAGAAAUCCUGAGUGACGUGACUGAAGCUGCACCUAUAUGUCACUGCGUGCCAAAGUUUAAAGUUGUGUAAUUGUCAAAGUGAAGGUAAACUCGAGUCUUUGGUUGUUCCCUUAUUUAUACAUGUAUUUUUCUGUGCCAAAAUUGUACUUGUUCUGUAAACAAAAGAAGUUGUGACCAAAUCAAAGAUGUAAAUCAUUUUAAAUUAAUAAACAUUUCUUUUUUUGUGAAAA